AUGACAGCAUCCUACUUACCAUCUAUAUUAGUACCUUUAGCAGGUAUUGUAUUUCCUGGCCUAAGUAUGGCACUAAUAUUUUUAUAUAUUGAAGUAGAAAAUAUCAGUUAA